AUGGCCGGCUGGGGAAGAAGAGCGAGCCUAGAGAUUGCCUUGUUUCUCGUUUUAUUAUUGUGUAUCAUUCAUGAAGACGUGGCUGCUGCCCGUAUUCGUAGGCCUAGGCCCGCAGGCGCCGAGAAGGUCUUUAACGUUAUGAGAUUCGGCGCUAAGAAAGGUGGUAGCAUAGAUUGUACUCAAGCCUUUGCCGACACUUGGAUCGCGGCUUGUAGGGGGCCGCUAUCGAAAGGGAUCAAUACUAGGGUGGUGGUUCCCAAUGGCGUGUUCCUUGUGUCUGCGUCGCUCUUUGAAGGACCAUGCACCGCGACAGGGAUCGUUUUUGAGAUCCGUGGGACCAUACAAGCUGAUACGGAUAUAUCGAAUUAUCCGAAUAAUGCUUGGCUAGGUUGGGAUACUGUAGAUAACAUGUUGAUCGCUGGGUCGGGCACGAUCGAUGGUCAAGGACAAAAGGUGUGGGAAUACAACGACUGCAAAACUAAUCCAAAUUGCAUACAUCUCCCGUCGGCAGUACACUUUGACGACAUAACGAACUCAAUGAUUCGAAAUAUACAUGUGCAAAAUGCAAUGGGAUUUAACUUGCACAUUGUUAACAGCAAAUCGGUAAGGGUAAAGAAUGUUCGAAUCAUUGCACCGGGAAAAAGCCCAAACACGGACGGUGUCCACAUUAGCAAAUCAAGCAAUGUUUCUAUUGAUAAUUCAUUCAUCGGCACCGGAGACGAUUGUAUAUCACUUGGCCCCGGAUCUAUCGACGUUUCUAUCAAUAAUCUCAUAUGCGGUCCGGGCCAUGGAAUUAGUAUUGGUAGCCUCGGCAAAGGUCCCGACGAGAUGGACGUAACUGGAAUUAAAGUGAAGAAUUGCACGUUGGUUGGGACGACAAACGGCCUAAGAAUAAAAACAUGGCCGGGGUCUCCUCCUAGUAAUGCUAGAGACAUGGUUUUUAGUGACAUUACUAUGAAAGAUGUUAUGAACCCGAUCAUCAUUGACCAGGGCUACGGUGGUGGUGACCCAGUCAGCAAGCCAUCGAAAGUUCAAGUAAGCGAUAUUGUAUUCGAAAACGUCAAAGGAACAUCGGGCUCGGAAGUGGCGGUGAACCUAAUGUGUAGCAAGGCGGUUCCAUGUAGCAAUGUUCAACUCAACAACAUCCAGUUAACGAAAGCGCUCGCUGCCCGCGAAAUAACCUCUUCGUGCGUAAACGCCAAAGUAGGUUAUUCCGGCGCCCAACUCCCCCCGGCUUGUUAA